UGGAGCCACAGGACGGCACAGCUGGAGCAAGCUGCUGCAGAGCCGCGAAGGAGGACCGCCGCACUCCCGCCUCCGGCAGGACGCAGCCAACCACAGCUGAGCAACAGCCAGCAAGCGGGACGAAGCGUCAAUCACAGGGCACCUUGGAAAACUCCAGGAUGCAGACGCCAGCACUAGCUUGCCUCACCCUGGGCCUGGUUCUGGUCUUUGGGGAAGGCUCUGUUUUACAUCACGAGUCCCACACAGUCCACCAGGCCACUGACUUUGGCGUCAAAGUGUUUAAGCAUGUGGUCCAGGCCUCCCAGGACCGGAACGUGGUUUUCUCUCCCUACGGGGUGUCUUCGGUGCUGGCCAUGCUGCAGCUGACCACGGCAGGGAAAACCCAGCAGCAGAUCCAGGAUGCCAUGGGAUUCAAAAUCAUCGAGAAGGGCGCAGCCCCUGCCCUCCGUCGGCUGUCCAAGGAGCUCACAGGGCCAUGGAACAAGAAUGAGAUUAGCACUGCGGACGCCGUCUUCGUCCAGCGGGACCUGGAGCUGGUCCAGGGCUUCAUGCCCCACUUCUUCAAGCUCUUCCGGACCACGGUGAAGCAGGUGGACUUCUUGGAGGUGGAGAGAGCCAGAUUCAUCAUCAAUGACUGGGUGCAGAGGCACACCAGAGGUAUGAUCAGUGACUUACUUGCCGAAGGGGCUGUGGACCAGCUGACACGUCUCGUGCUGGUGAACGCCCUCUACUUCAAUGGCCAAUGGAAGACCCCCUUCUCAGAGGCCAGCACCCACCACCGCCUCUUCCACAAGUCUGACGGCAGCACCGUCUCUGUGCCCAUGAUGGCUCAGACCAACAAGUUCAACUACACUGAAUUCACCACUCCCGAUGGCCACUACUACGAUAUCCUGGAACUGCCCUAUCAUGGCGAGACCCUCAGCAUGUUCAUCGCAGCGCCCUACGAGAAGGAAGUGCCCCUCUCUGCCCUCACCAACAUUCUGGAUGCUGAGCUCAUCCGACAAUGGAAAGGGAACAUGACCAGACUGCCCCGGCUCCUCAUCCUGCCCAAGUUCUCUCUGGAGACUGAAGUGGACCUCAGAGGGCCCCUGGAGGAGCUGGGCAUGACUGACAUGUUUAACCCAGCCCAGGCUGACUUCUCAAGUCUUUCUGACAAGGAGCAGCUCUCUGUAGCUCAGGCCCUGCAGAAAGUCAAGAUCGAGGUCAACGAGAGCGGCACAGUGGCGUCUUCCUCCACGGCCAUUGUCGUCUCAAGCCGCAUGGCCCCUCAGGAGGUGGUUAUGGACCGACCCUUCCUCUUUGUGGUUCGGCACAAUCCGACAGAGACGAACCUCUUCAUGGGCCAAGUGAUGGAGCCUUGACAGCCGGAAGAGAGGCCUUCGCUCGGGAUGAAACUGGAGCCGUUAUAAGCAGAAACUCCGAAGAAGAGAAUUAUUUUAAGUGUUCUUUUGGGAGAAGGAGAAGGCAUUUCUUUUUCACUUCCACAGUGAAAAACCCUUCCGGCCAGCCUUCCAGACCUCAGACUCUCGAAGGGGAAAAUGUCUAACUCUCUCACAGGAGGCAGACUCCCCUGAUCCAGACCCUUGACCUCACAGAACCUUCAUCUGCUCGUCUUUCCCACGUUCAGCCUUUGGACCCAGGUCCCAACAACGCCCCAGGGCCCCCUCUUGCACCAUCUGCCGCUGCUGGUGGGUGGCCACAGGCAAAGGAAGAAACGCUGCCUUAUCUCAAGGUCCACGGUGGGAAUGACCACCUUGCCCAGCUCCGACAGGCAGCAGAUGGACAGAUUGGGUGUUUGCCCAGUAUGGAGCCCAAUUCCUCUUGUCCCUCCCCGACACAGCGUGCAGAGGUCCUUUCAGAGUGUAGGUGACUUGUUUACAUAGCUUCUUUAUAUCUUCACUCACAAACUGUUUUCUUCUGGGAAGGGAAAGAAAGAUCAGACGUGUGUGUGCCUGGCUCUUCAUCCGCAGUCUCCCUGAGGGGGUGCAGGGGAGAUGCCAGGGGUGUGCUUGACUAUUUAUCUCAUUCUUCCUCUUGUAUGCUUGUUGGAAAGAAGAAGCACUGUUAAGAAAAAAGGAUUUUAUUUAAACCAUGGCACACGGUGUUCCGUUUGGGGUCUAUAUCCCUGUCUCUCAGGAGCCUCACUCCACAAGCCCUCCUGGUGGUCCCCGUGAUGGGGCUCACACUGCCGCCUGGUGGUGGCCUAACACACCCUUACCCAAUACUCCCCACCCCCGCCCCUACCCCCACCCUCCGUGGCUUUUUUUUCUCUAGGGACCUUGCCAAGGUGAUGCUUGGCAGCCCACGUUAAAGGAAGAAGAGGAAGAAAAAAAAAGGUUGGGUGGAAGAGAGACAUUUGAGGGAGGGCAAAGUGGUUUCAGAUUUUUCCAAUACAUUCAGGAACAGAAUGGCAAAGGGACUGUGUGACCUAACAGGACAGAACUUUCUCCAAUUACUGGGUGACUCAGAGCCGCACUGGUGACUCACUUCAAUGUGUCAUUUCCGGCUUCUGUAUGUGAGCAGUGGACACGUGGGGAGGCGGGGGGGUGGGGGGGAUGAAAGAGACAGCCAGCUCCCGGUCAACCACCUUCGUUAGAUAAUCAUUUUUGAAAGCCUCCUUAGCUGGGGGUAUGAUCAGAAAACCAAUUUACUGAAAAAUUGCACAGGAAGGUACCGUGAAUGCAAUCUCAUAGCAGGCCACUCUGCAUCCAUUACGCCUCCACCGGAAAGAAAAACAAAACUCAUUCUUUGUGUUUUCAUUUCCCCCUCUCUCCCUCUCCUUCUCUCUCCCUUUUUCCUCUUCUUGUUAUGCACUGGACAGCCACACACCGUGUACCCACGGGGGCCCCAAAUGUGGGCUUGAAUGUUCUUGAAUUUUGUUGGUAACAAGCAUUUUUUUUCACUUUUGAUA